AUGAAACAUUUCGUAGGAACUUGUCUGUCUGUCUGUCUGUCUGUCUAUCUAUCUCAGCUUUUUGAUAUCUAUCUACGUUUUUUUUUAUAUCUAUCUAUCUAUCUAUCUAUCUAUCUAUCUAUCUAUCUAUCUAAAUCUUUUGAUAUCUAUCUCAGUUUUUCAUAUCUAUCUAUCUAUCUAUCUAUCUAUCUCAGCUUUUUGAUAUCUAUCUACGUUUUUUAUAUUUAUCUAUCUAUCUAUCUAAAUCUUUUGAUAUCUAUCUACGUUUUUCAUAUCUAUCUAUCUAUCUAUCUAUCUAUCUAUCUAUGCUUUUUGAUAUCUAAUUUUUCAUAUCUAUCUAUCUAUCUAUCUAUCUACGUUUUUUAUAUCUAUCUACGUUUUUUAUAUCUAUCUAUCUAUCUAUCUAUCUAUCUAUCUAUCUAUCUAUCUAUCUAUCUAAAUCUUUUGAUAUCUAUCUACGUUUUUCAUAUCUAUCUAUCUAUCUAUCUCUGCUUUUUGAUAUCUAAUUUUUUUUCUAUCUAUCUAUCUAUAUAUCUAUCUAUCUAUCUAUCUAUCUAUUUCAGCGUUUUGAUGUCUAAGUUUUUUUUAUAUAUCUAUCUAUCUUUCUAUCUAUCUAUCUAA